AUGACUGAAGAAAUGCUGGAGUCAACCUAUGGAAAAGGCUACAAGAUGCUGCAAAAAUGCGGGUUUAAGGUUGGCCAAGGACUUGGGAUUAAUCAUCAAGGCACUACUGAAUUAAUUAAUUUGGCAAGAAGGAAGAAAAAUGAAGGCCUUAGCUUUUCAAAGCCCGAAAUCAUUCCCCUAGAAAAGCCAUCUGAAUAUAAAAAUCUCCCUGAGUGGCUUUUCUCUAACAGCUACCCCAAGAAAAAAAGGAAAUUAUCUCCAGAGUGCAUUAAAUCCGAACUAAGAAAGCUUAUGGAAACUGACCCAAUGCUGUUAGAAAAGGUUGCUCUUAUGAAACAAACCUACGAAGAAACCAUCACAAACCAAGAAGUAUCAGGGAACUCCUGAGACUAUUUAAAUGUUUCCUAUGAAAAUACAAGAUACACUGUAAUCGGCGCAGAACGAAAAAUCCAAAUCCAAACUGACUUUUUGGUUUCUUUAGCUUAUGAAGAAAAACAAGUUAAAAUUAAUUUAGAUUCCCUUGAAAAAGAAAAAGAAGAAAUUUCUCAGCUAGAAAAAUUUAUGAAAAAUAAAAUUUAUGAUUUGAAAAACAAUGAUUUAUUGCUUGAAAAUUUAAAAGAAAUAGAAGAAAAUUUCCCAAAGCUGUGGGCUGAUAUGAGAUUGAAGGAAAGAUAUGGAAUUCCUUUAUGCAAAAAGUAUUUCAGUAGUGUUUAUAAGAACUGGAUAUUUGAGAAUGAGCCUAUGAAAGGGUAUAGCCAAAUGAAAAUAUGGAAAGAAUGGGUCGGAGAAGAUUUUGAAGAGUCUAUUGGAGAUUGAGAAGUCGGGAUUAUGAGGUUUCUGAAUGGAAGAUGGAAAAUUAAAGAGGAAAAUGGAAAAAAUGUGGACUAUUUAGAAAAAUGGAUGAGCAUUUUGCCUGAAAAUACAAAGGAAAAAGUAAAGCGAUGACUUUUGAAUAUUUUUACAAAAGAGUUUGAAAAAUGGGAGCCGAGGCAGGACAGAAUUCCCAUUCACACCUGGGUGCACCCAUGGCUCCCUCUAGUCGAUUUAAGCUCCUUAUGGCCUACACUUGUCAGAAAGCUAAGCUUAGCGUUGCAAGAUUGACAUCCACAAGACCCCUCCGCAAAAAUUGUGUUAUCCCCUUGGAAGCCUGUAUUAGGCAGCUUCUGGACUAAAAUGAUGAUAAGGUAUAUUCUCCCAAAACUAGUCUUUAUAUUGCAAGAGCUGCCAUUUGACUUAACAAAUCAAGAUAUUGAGCCUUUAACGUGGGUAAUGAGCUGAAAAGAGUUAAUUUCUGACGAGCAGCUUUCUAAAGCGUUAGAAACAGAGUUUUAUCCUAGAUGGAAAGCUGCGUUAAGAAAAUGGGUAGAGAACGCUGAAGAUGACGACAUGGAAAAUAUCAGUAUUUGGUAUGAAGAAUGGCAGAAAAUAAUCCCAAAAACUCUCCUGGAUUUAGAAAAUGCUUUUAAUAACUAG